AUGCCGCUUAUAAUAGUCACGGGCCUCCCGACAUCGGGCAAAUCCACACGGGCAAAGCAGCUACACGAGCACAUCUCCAAGCGCAUCGCGGCCCAGCCCGAAGGCCAGACGAAAUACCGCCUGCAUCUCAUAUCAGACCAGACUCUCUCUAUAUCUCGAGUAGUUUACGACCUAUCGCCCGAAAAGCUACCAGCACACACCCGCUCCGCCAAUGCCUCGGAGAAAGAUGCCAGGGCUGCCCUGUACGGCGCCGUGAAGCGAGUGUUGUCGCCGCGCGACAUUGUGAUCCUGGACGGUCUCAACUACAUCAAGGGAUGGCGGUACCAGUUGUUCUGCGAGGCCAAGAACUUGCGCACCCCGAGUGUCGUGCUGCAGAUCGGUUGUGCGGUGGACAGAGCGAAGCAAAUAAACGAGGAGAGGUUGAAGAAGCGCGAGACCAACGGCAGCGAGGGUGUCAAUGACGAUUCAGCGGACGAAGGGCCCUACGAGCCGGGAAACUGGGAUAAUCUCGUGUUUCGAUACGAGGAGCCGAAUGCCAUGAAUCGCUGGGACAGCCCCCUCUUCACGCUGAUCUGGGAGGAUGACGAGGCUCGGGCCAACGAGGUUUUCGACAGCAUCUGGGAGACGAUUGCCGGAGAGAACCGAAAGGUUGUCAAGCCGAAUCAGGUUGCAUUGCAGAGGGGCACAGACGCAGGUGGAGAUUAUCUUUACAUUCUAGACCGGGAGACCCAGGACAUCGUGAAGCGGCUAUCCGAGCAUCAAGGAGACGAGGUCGGCGGCACAGUCAAGCUGCCACGAGGCGAUGGCGUGGGCGAGUUGGUCGUCGAGCUUCCUGGCAAGAAAGUCGGGCUGCCACAGCUACAGAGAUACAGAAGGGCCUUUCUGGGUCUCAACAGGGGUGGCAUUGGCCUGGAGGCGGUCGGAAACUUAGCAGUGGCAAGGAUCCGAGAAGGCUUUGUGGGAUAUUUGAACGACGCAUUCGAGAAGGAGGAGUAA